ACAGAGCACAUGAUAUUUAUAUCACAUUUGAAAAAUGGCGUAGGAAAAUGGAACAAUCUAAUAUGGAUACGGUAUAUUUAGCCAUUUGUGCCUGAAUGUAUGAUGUCCAGGUUUUUUGUUGUGGAGUUAUUGACUUGUCGAAGUACUAAUGGGCUUCUGAAGAGACUGAGGAUAUCUACCAUGUAAAAAUGAUAACUUUUUCUAUAAAGUAAGGACAUGAUAUAUCAAAGUGCAAGUAUCAGCUAUGGUUGCCUGUUUUGUUUUGGACUAUCAGCAUAUUUCACUUCAUUACAUGAUGUAAUAGCAUAUCUGUCACAAAAGAAAUGCACUGUUUAUUAAGGAAAUUGACAUUGAGGAGUAGCUGAAUCUUCACGAAUUAGCAGAACGAAGAAGCCUAAUAUUUAAGUGUGUAUGCAUAAUACUGCAGCCAACUUGCAGGCAUAUCUUCAGCUGAUGCUGUAGUUGGGAGCAUCAUAGUAUAUAACGGUCACAUUUUCUAUAUGUGGUGCCUAGUGAAGGAGAAUUUGCAACAGAAAGAAGAUGGAUCAAGGUAUUAGUGAACCUGAACGGAGUAGAAAAAAGAAGAAAAAGCCACUCCUCAUCCUACUUGCUCUAGGGUGCACUUCAGCUGACUUUAUAAAAAGCACAGUGCUACAACACAUCCUCAAUCUUUAGGCCUGAAAGCUGCCACAGAGAUGGAAGCUGAUGGGUCGUUAGGAGAAGGUAAAGUGCACUACUCGUGCCUGCAAAGUGUGGGAUAAGUACCCGAGGAGGUUGAUUUUUCAGUUAACUCUUCUGCUUCUCUAUAUGUGAUAUUGUCGUCUGCUUCAGGAGUGAACCAUUCGAAGUAGAAGAAGAAGAAAUGGCGAGAUUUUCAGUUGGAAGAGAUGAACAUGAUAAUGAUGAAGGAGGACCCUGUAACUCCUGCACAUCCGUACGCAAGAGACGGAGGACUACCGCCGGAACUUUAUCUCGCGGCGUCGUAAUCCGUCAACAAGAAGAAGUGGAAGAAAGAGAAAGGGAAAGGGUUGUUAGGGAAGAAGUAGAGGAAGAGGCAGAGGAGGAGGAUUGGGGAUCGGAAUCUGAGGGAAAUUUCCGAUCGAGCGGUGAUCGGAGGGUGCCAGUUUGUGAAUCCGAGGUUUUAAGAGAGAACAAGCCUAUUUCUGGUGAGAGCAUGUAUCAGAAUUUUGAGGGUUCAAUCAUAAACAGGUCAAUUUCUGUGACGUUAUUGGAUCCGGAUGUGUUGGAUUGCCCGAUCUGCUUUGAACAUCUCUGUGUUCCUGUCUUUCAGUGUGGGAAUGGGCACAUAGCAUGUGCCCCUUGCUGCAUCAAGAUUGCUAAUAAGUGUCCAUCAUGCUGUUUGCCAAUUGGAUAUAACCGUUGUCGAGCUAUGGAGAAUGUUCUAGAAUCUCUGAAAGUGUCAUGCGUGAACAAUAGGUAUGGUUGCAAGGAGAUCCUGAGUUAUAGUAAGAAAACUGACCAUGAAAAUGCAUGCAUCUAUGUGCCUUGUUUUUGUCCUUCCCAUGGCUGUGACUUUAUAGGUACUGCAGCAAAGGUAUAUGCACAUUUUAGCGAGAAACAUGCUUCUUCAGCAGAUCACAUUUCUUUCAAUGUUGUCCAUCCAAUUUAUAUAGAAAAAGACCAAAGGUACAUAAUUCUUCAAAUGAGGACAGAAGGUAUACUUUUUAUCGUCAACCAUGCUAGUGACCGUGUUGGGAGUGCUAUCAACAUCAUCUGUGUUGGACAAGCUAGGCAGAAGAGAAGGUUCUCAUACAAGCUUGUAGUAACAGAUGGGGAAAGUUCUUUUAAACUAGAAUCCGUUGCAGAGAGUGUGCCAAACUGGACAGAAGAUAGUCCUAUGAAGAAAUUCCUUGUGGUCCCAAAAGAUGUCGUUAAUUCCAGUGCUCGGCUGAAGUUGGAUGUUCUCAUAGAAGAGAAGGAAUGAGUCUGCAAUGGUUGCACAUGUUGAUGUAACAUUGCCUUGAUAACUUCUUUAGAGAUUUCAUGUCAAUAGACAAUAGUCAUUGGAUUGGUGCUUGCUUUAUUUGGGGAUAUGAAUGUUUGCUGUUGAAUUUACUUUCUUCCUUAUUUUAAAAGGAUUUUUUAUAUAUUAUGUUUGAUAUUGGUGCUGCUAUAUUUGGGGAUUUUGAAUUUAUACUGUUGAAA